AUGUUGUUCACAUGUAUUGACAUCCCUGCUUAUUCAUAUCUCGUUCAGAAGGACGGACGUGGAAGGGAAGGGCAAGAGGAAGAGCCUCCUUCUGAUGAGGAUGACCCUACAUCUAUCCACCCUUCCACACACCACAACCAACUGCCCCCCUCCCACCACAACCAACUGCCCCCCUCCCACCACAACCAACUGCCCCCCUCCCACCACAACCAACUGCCCCCCUCCCACCACAACCAUCUGACCCCCCUCCCACCACAACCAACUGCCCCCCUGCCACCACAACCAACUGCCCCCCUCCCACCACAACCAACUGCCCCCCUCCCACCACAACCAACUGCCCCCCUCCCACCACAACCAAAUGACCCCCUCCAACCACAACCAACUGCCCCCCUCCCACCACAACCAACUGCCCCCCUCCCACCACAACCAACUGCCCCCCUCCCACCACAACCAACUGCCCCCCUCCCACCACAACCAUCUGACCCCCCUCCCACCACAACCAACUGCCCCCCUGCCACCACAACCAACUGCCCCCCUCCCACCACAACCAACUGCCCCCCUCCCACCACAACCAACUGCCCCCCUCCCACCACAACCAACUGCCCCCCUCCCACCACAACCAACUGCCCCCCUCCCACCACAACCAACUGCCCCCCUGCCACCACAACCAACUGCCCCCUCCCACCACAACCAACUGCCCCCCUCCCACCACAACCAACUGACCCCUUCCCACCACAACCAACUGCCCCCCUCCCACCACAACCAACUGACCCCUUCCCACCACAACCAACUGACCCCCUCCCACCACAACCAACUGCCCCCUUCCCACCACAACCAACUGCCCCCUUCCCACCACAACCAACUGCCCCCUUCCCACCACAACCAACUGCCCCCCUUCCACCACAACCAACUGACCCCCGCCCCCGGCACCACAACCAACUGCCCCCUCCCACCACAACCAACUGA